AUGUAUUAUCCUUAGCACUUCUAUCCCCAAGCAUAUCCGUAAUACAGAUACCCUCCCUAUGGUGUACUUCCAUAAGUACCAUAGCAAUGGAGACCACCUGUCUAAUAUGCUCCACAAUAUGGCUAUUCUGGUCUUAGAUUUGCUCAGCCUUAUCCUUAUAAUCCAUAUACUUAGCCUAUCAUACCUCAAGCACACCAACCUUAACCAAUGAUGAGUCAAAUUAUGGCUUCACCUUAAAGAACAUUCCAAUCUCCAGAUAGAUUGAAAGCAGCAUAAUCACCAUCAAGAAAUGGACUCAUGCAAUCUCAAUAAGUUCCAAGAUCCCCACCUCCUUAAUAUUAAUCACCUUAGAGAUAGUAUCUAACUCUAGAGUAAGUUUAAGAGAGAAUAAGAAAUUCUUAGCAACCCUAAGCUUAAAAACCAUAACAGCCAAAUAAGAGUGUCAAUCAUCCAUAGCCUAACUAAUAAAAGCAAUAGCCGCCUCCUCCUCAGAAAAAGCAACCAGUCCCCUAAUCUCAACCAGAUGAGGAUCUGGAUAAGAGAUAUUAGAAUGCACUCAAAAGCACAGAAGAAAUCAUCAAAAAAUAUUAAAUAGAGGAUUCUGGAAACAAAGGUCGCUAGUCUAAUAAAUCUAAUGAACCUUAAGGUGAGGAUGAAGAUGAAAAUAUUCAAGAAUUGGCAUUGCAAUAUGAAGACGGAUAUAUUUAUAGAGGAUAAGGAUAUCCCCCUUAAACUAGAAAUGGAUUUGGUAUUUUAACAGAUGCUGAUGGGCAAUAAGUUUAUGCAGGCUAUUGGAAAGACAACCUUUAUGAGGGUCAAGGAAGAUUGACAAAUCUCCAAACUGAAGAAUUGAAUGAACCAAUUGAUUGGAACAAUAUGACAUCUAUUGGCAAUGGAUGGGCUUCAUAUGAAGGUAACUUUUUAUAAGGAAAAAUGCAUGGACAGGGAACACUUAUCCUUACAAAUCAAGAACAAUAUUUUGGAGAGUUUGAGGAUGGAAUAGUGCAUGGAGAAGGAGAAUUUACAACUGUUGAUGGAUAGGUUAUUAAGGGUAAAUGGGAUCAAGGAUACUUAAUUUCAUUAUAAGAAUAAGAUUGAUAAAGAAAUAAAUAAUAUAUAUAUAUAAAUUGUAUAUAUAUUGAGUUUA